AUGGCGGAAUAUUACUUUAUAAAUAAGGAAGGUCAUUUCCAUCGAAAAGUACCUCCAUCAGAGCAUGAUGAAUGGGAUGAUAUUACUCUUUCCCUUUUAAAGGACACUUCGAAUGAUACCUAUUUCCGAGCAAAAAGUUGUCUUGCUUCAAAAAGAUUUGUUGUUUUGAGAGGAGUCCAGGGAUCCGGCAAAACUUAUUUAGCGAAGAAUUUAGCAGACAAUAUAAAUCAGUUAACAAUUACGCAAUGUCAAGUACACUGGGUCCAUGAUGUACUUGAGAAUGAAAUACCAAAGAUAACAAGCAAUAUAUUGUUAGUUUUUGACGAUAUAUUUUAUGAAUUGCAGUCCAAGGAUGAAUUUCAGGAGUCAAUAAAAAUGUUAGAAGAACUCUUUAAAAAGGUUUAUUCUUCAGAAAGCCUGUAUGUUAUUGUUACAAUACCAACAUAUGCAUGGAAGACACAUUCGGAUCAAUAUCAAAAUAAAACGUGUUUAAGUUACUAUGUUGAUUUAGAUACCUUAAGUAAUGAGGAAAAAACAGAAAUUUUCAAUCAUCAUUUAAGACGUAGUGUUAUUAAAGAAGAAGGAAGUACGAGAGAGACGAAACUCAUAAUGAGAGAUAGUGUCAAAUCGGCUAUCAUAAAAUUUGAAAGAUGUGAUUUUAUUGGAUACCCCUCUUGUGUAGCUUGGAUUUGUAAAAUGCAAGACCAGUUUGAUUUGCACAAUGCAGCAAGAUUCAUGGAUGUUCCAGUAACUAGGAUCAAAAGUGACAUAUAUCGUUUGCGUGACUCCAAAAAAUUCAAAGAAAGAAAAAUGUUUUUACUAUUAGCUUAUAUGGCUUUUAGUGGCGGAACAUUAAACGAAAAGAAAUGCAACGAAGAUCUCCUAACGAGCACUGCCAGAAUUUUCUUCCAAGAAGAUGAUUGUAAACAUUUUCUUUUGCAGGAGCACGAUGAGAGUAUUUUUUUAUUACAGGAAAAAUACAUAAGACAGGCAUCUGUUGGACUCUAUGAAUUUUAUUUGGGUGUUGUGAGAAAAAUAGUGCUUAUAGUAGCCUUGGAGAAAAACGUAAAAGCUUUAAAAGGGAAUGUGAGCCAAGAUAUAUGGAAGCGAGUCGCUUUUAAAAGAGGUAAAAAGCCGUCUGAGUUGGCGGUUGGUGAACUUUCACAUAUGUAUAUUAAAUAG